AUGAAUACCAACCACCAUGUCUUGCAAUACAUUCUGCUGUCCACGGCACGCUAUGCGACAUCUAUCGCCGCGAAACUCAGCGAUCAUUCGCUGUUGGACACAAUUUACCUACAGACAACAAAUUUAUACCACCAGAAAGGACUCACUCUGCACCAUCUUGCGGCAAUUGCGGUCCGUGAAAUCCCACAGCUGGUGCAAACUAAUAUUCUCGACAUCCCUGCUCUAUUUCUUGCCAGCCACAUUCUGAUGGUAAACGACCCAGUGAGAUUCCGAUUUGUUCCACCCAAGAGAGUCCCUGAGGAUUAUCUAGAGCCUCUGUCGGUAGCAACAAUGUCAUACUUUGCGAACCCACACCACCUUGCACAAUCGCUGCGCAAAAUAUUAUCUCUGCCUGCAGAAAUAUUGAAUGCAAACUAUGGACACCUUUUUACCGGCAAGUACGCCUUUGAGCUAUUUCAAACCCUGCGCGAGGGAGCUCAGGUGUUGGGGGAUCUUGUGAGCGCCAUCAAGUACGCAAUUGAGUAUCCGCAUCCGCUUCUUCUGCGACAUUUGGAAAAAGUUCUGGGCCGUAGCAUGAAACCCAGAGAGCUCUACGAAAUGCUGGUCCAGUCCGAGCUGUGUCCGCCAGGAUGGAAUCCAGUGCUCUCCUCAGGUAUCUACGGUCUUCCCAAUAAUGCAGGCAUUUUUUCGGAAGACCAGCUGAAACUGCCCGCGAAAAUCAAGUCCGAUCGUAGGGUGAAAAAUCCAGAGAGAACGAACAAUCAAAUUAAAUAUAGACUGGCCGAUCGCCUUCUCUUUUCAUCAGAAGACGACUCCAUUAGCAGCACCACGUUCAGUUUCUAUCUCCCUGUGGCGACGCAGGACAUCAAUGACCAAAUGAGCGAGUUUCCAAUAGUGUUUUCGCAAAACAUCAACUAUGCUCCAUUCUUCUCCAAGUUCAAAAAAUCCAUCCGCAACCAAAAAGCCCUGCGAGUGUCUUUCAAGUACGACAUGUACAAGAUAGAAACAGUGGAAAAGCCUGAAAUCGAAAUUGGCUACGAGUACAUCGACGGCUACACGGACAUGGCGCCGAACUAUCCCUCUGCUGCUUUCAGCCUGUUCAGCAAGAUAGACAUCGAAAUGAAGGACGCAAUUCAGCGGCUUUAUUUUCUGCUCAAGCACAAGGAAAAACUGCGCCUGGAGAAAGGCUAUCUCAAGAGCGAAAACGAGGCUCAAGAGACUAGCGAAUGGUACGUGAGAAAUUGCAUAUUUUUUUGUGAGGAGCUGCUUUCCGAGUACUGUCUGAAAAAAAAAAUUCCACUCAUCGGCCGUGUGAGUCCCAAGCUGGCCACCGAGUCCGAAGAUAGCCGCUCAUACUCCGGCUUCUUCAAUCUUUUCAGCCAGGACGCAAAUUCCUACCAGUCGUUUGUCGACAUCGGCAGGGCCUACAAUAAGGGAGUCGUUUCCGCGACGGACGUGGUAUGUGCUCUGCGGUACCUGGAUGGGUUCCGGGUGCAAGUUCUGAGCCCACGAAACUCCGCAUAUGCUCCUCUGGGUGCCAAGGCGCAUGCAUCAUUUUUUUCGCCGGGGUAUUUGGAGUCGUACAUCAACAACGCCCAGUUGAUGAAUCAUCUUCAGGGACGGAGACUAUGGAGCAUGGAAAAGCUUCUGUUUCAUUUUCUGGGAAAUUCCGAGUCACUGUUGCAAAUGCGCAGACGACUACACAGAUACCGCGUUCUCAGCGAGCUGGAAAGCCGGCUGGAGGACGAAUUUAGCAUGUUCCGGUGCAUCAUCACAGAACCACAGGUCUCCAGCAUUGUUCAGGGUUUCUGUCACGAUCUGAAGGUUAAUGUGAAAAUCCAGGUCGAUGCAGACCAGAGACUCAUGGUGGGUGACAGAAUCCUGUGUUCGCAGAUCCUGGAGCUGGACCCUUACAGCGAUAGAAUUGUCAUGAAAUAG